UAUCUUUUUACUUUAGCCAUAUCAGACGCAAUGACGUUGUUAUUAGCCUUGCCGCCAGAGGUGUACUCAAUUUGGGAAGCGUAUCCAUGGCGAUUUGGGCAAUCAUUCUGUAUACUCAAAUCGUUUAUAAUGGAGAUGACUUCGUAUUCGUCUGUGUUGACCAUAACGGGAUUUACUAUAGAACGCUAUCUGUCUAUUUGUCACCCCAUGAAAUUGCAACACUGCUGUCAUAUAAGCCGAGCCAAACGAUGCAUUGUCUUAAUAUGCGUAGUUUCCAUGCUUAGUGCCUUACCAUAUCCGGUGCAUACAAGGACGUUUUACUACGUUUCGGACCCAAACAGUGGCAAGCAUAUACCUGACUCUCUGGUCUGUAACAUCCCCCAGAAGUGGACCGGGAGGAUGAUUACAGUAUUCCAGCUAUCGACGUUCGUCUAUUUUGUGCUUCCCAUGGGUAUACUUAGUUUAAUGUACAUUCUCAUUGGAAUUAAACUGCACAAAACAGAACUACGAACAAAGUAUGAUACUCAGUACGGACAGGCGACGGCUACAAAAGCACGCAGGGCAAUACUAAAAAUUCUUCUAUGA